AUGAAAAGACUCAGAUUAUUUAGAUGCCGCAAUGCACUUUUUUCUGAAGAACUUAAUUUUCUACCUAAUUCAAUAAGAGUGCUUGAUUGGCCUAAUUGUCCUUUACAAUCCAUGCCAUCUAAGUUUCGUGGAGACAAACUCUCUAUUCUACUCAUGCCUGGAAGUUCGAAAUUUAAGAGUCUCACGGCUAUGAAUUUCGAUGAUUGUCAAUCCAUAACGAAAUUUCUAGACAUUUCAAGGUGUCCAAAUUUGAAGAAAAUAAAUCUCGGUGAUUGUAAAAAUCUGGUUGAAGUUCAUGAUUCUGUUGGAUUCCUUAAUAAGCUUGAUACAUUAAAUCUUUCUGGAUGUAACAAACUAAAGAGACUUCCAAGUAGACUGCAGUUGAGAUCUCUGCAACUCCUUAAUCUUGAUAAUUGCUCGAGCCUUCAAAACUUUCCAGAAAUAGAAUGUGAAAUGGAACAUUUACAAGAAGUCUCCUUAUCAGGCACCGCAAUAGAAGAAUUGUCAUCCAUUAGGUACCUCACCGGGCUUUUAAGUUUAUGCCUAAAUUACUGUGUAAACCUGAAGGGUCUACCAAGUAGCAUUCAUCAGUUGAGAUCUCUAGAUUAUAUUGGACUCGAUCAUUGUCCAAAUAUUAUAAGUUUUGGGAUGGAGGAGGAGGAGGAGGUGCAUAAUGGACAACCCACGCCCUUUGUAGUGUCUACAAGCUGGGAAAAUGAAGCUUGCACGUCACUGGAAAGAUUACCAGAAAUAUCAAAAAAAUUUCAUUUCCCACGGCUAGAAUUUAUUAACUUGACCAGAUGCUUUAAAGUGAAUGUGGGGAAUUGUAUGCCAAACCCUGCAUGGAAUGGAGAUUUUGAAAUGAUAUUUCCGGGAAAUAAGAUUUCAGAUUGGUUCAGCCAUUGCAAGGAGACUUCAAAUAGUCAUCGGCGUAAAUUUGAUAUUAAAUGGUCCCCACCGUAUAAUUUGGAUGACAUCAUAGGAAUUUCUCUUUGUGCUAUUUUUGAACCGGUUGGGACUGGGAGUUUGGAAGUUUGCGUCGGAGGAAAACCCGAGGAUAUGAGGCCCGACUACAUACGUACUUAUGUACGACAAUUUGCUGAAAUUGAUUCAGAUCAUGUAUGGUUAAGGUACCUAACUAUAAAAGAUAUUUGGAGGCUACAAGAUGUGAGUGUAGAUAAGGCAGAUGAUCAUCUGAGGAUUAUAUUUAAAAACUGUAUCCCAGAUAAUUCUUUGAUCUUCAAACGCUGCGGAGUUCAUAUUUUAUACAAACACCAUGAUGAACAGAAUGCAAAAGAUCAUGAAAAUGUUGAUGUCCAUUUGGAUGCACCCAUUGAAGAUAUUGGAAAUUUAGCAAAUCCAAUAGAUCAUGGAAGUCAACUUUCUAAGAGGCGUCGUAUUGAUUAUGAUGAUGAUUGCAACGUCAUUGAAUCCGACAUGUACCCACAACGUCAUUAUGAUGAUGAUCACAACCUUGGACAUCAAACUCUUUUUGAUUAUGACGACGACGAAGAUGAUCACAACAUUGGAUCCAACUUGUACAUCAGAAUUUUUAUGCGUGCUUUUAGGAGAUGAUUGAUUUCAAAUUUGUUUCAAGUGUAUGGAGGAGCAAUUAUGUAUUUUGAAUGAAAAUAUGAUUAUAUAUAGCCUGGAAUUGCCAAUACUA